UACAUGGAUGCACACUGCAUUGUUGCCACAUUAUUUUUAAAAAGUGAAGAAAUGGAACCUGCAAAUUACACAAGAGUGACAGAGUUUGUUCUCACUGGCCUAUCCCAGACUCGAGAGCUACAGUCCCAUCAUGUUGCUUACUAUUUCACUAAAACAAGAAGAGAACUGCUCAAGCCCAUACCACUACAUCUACCCAUAUACCUGCAUCUGGGACCAUGUUCCCUUUCAUCUCUCUUGAAACUGGGUCGCUUGGUACUGCUUCUACAAAAGUCAACUCCCUGAUCUAUGCAUCAGAAUCCAUCCUCUCUGCUACUAAAGGCAAUUAUUCUGCUUUUAACCAGUUCUCAAAACCAGGAUUUCUGGUUCUGAUUGAGAUGGAAAGGCAGGAAUUGAAUUUACCCUCCUGCUUAGAGCAACAGAAAAAAAAAUCUACAAAACAGAUUUCAAGACACUGAACAUCAGGCAACAAAUGGUAAAACCAAAAACCAAACAGAGCAGAGUCUGCAGAUCAUGGAGGGAUUCAACCAUUCUGGAGUAUCUGAAUUUGUAUUACUUGGACUUACUGAUUCUCCUGAGCUCCAGAUUUUUUUCUUUGUGAUGUUUUCUGUUUUCUAUUUACUAACUAUGUUGGGCAACUGCUUGAUUUUGCUCACAGUCCUAUGCACCCCACACCUUCACUCCCCCAUGUAUUUCCUCCUCAGCAACCUGUCUCUCAUUGACAUGUGCUUGUCCUCCUUUGCCACUCCAAAGAUGAUCAUGGACUUCUUUGCUGAGCAUAAGACCAUCUCCUUUGAGGGCUGCAUUUCUCAGAUCUUUUUUUUGCACCUUUUCACUGGGACUGAGAUUGUGCUGCUGAUCUCCAUGUCUUUUGACAGGUACAUUGCCAUAUGCAAACCUCUCCAUUAUUCAACAAUUAUGAGCCAAAGAGUGUGUGUUGGGCUUGUGGUAACUUCUUGGACAGUGGGCUUCCUGCAUACAAUGAGCCAGUUAGCUUUUACUCUCUGUUUACCCUUUUGUGGUCCCAAUGUUGUAGACAGUUUCUUCUGUGACCUUCCUUUGGUCAUCCAGCUGGCUUGUAUAGAUAUCUAUGUUCUUGGAAUCUUCAUGAUCUCAACUAGUGGUGUGAUUGCUCUUGUAAGUUUUCUGCUUUUGCUCACCUCCUACGUCAUUGUUCUUGUCACUAUCAAGGACCACUCUUCCACAGGAUCAUCUAAGGUUUUUUCUACCUGUACUGCACAUUUCCUAGUUGUGUUAAUGUUCUUUGGGCCCUGCAUCUUCAUCUAUGUGUGGCCUUUCACCAACUUCCUGGUGGACAAAGUUCUGUCUGUUUUCUAUACCAUCUUUACCCCCUUUCUGAAUCCACUCAUCUAUACUUUGAGAAACCAGGAAAUGAAGACGGCUGUGAAGAAGAAACUAAGUAACCAAUACCUAAAUCUUGGGAAAACUUCUCCAAGAUAUCCAGUGCAAUGAAUCUCCUGAGAUUUAUAUCAUCAGUUUAUUUUUAUAGCAAUACUUAGUAUCUUCAUUUCAAGUCUUUUAGUUUAAAUUCACAAAAAGAAGAAGCCAGGGUUGAGAGAUGUGAAAUAAUCUUGCCUAAAAAUUACUGAGAUGUUUGUGAGCCUUUUGAGGUUACAGACACAUUUGAAAAUCUGCUGUAAUCUAUAGGUUAUUUUCACAGAAAAAUGCACAUAUAAUCAAAACAUAAAUUCAGGGCUUCAUAUACCCAUGAAUCCUAUCAACAUACCUCAGCAACUUAGAGAAGCUUAAGAUAAAAUACUGUUCUCUUGUCUUCUACCCCAGAACAUUCCUACUCAGUUGCACAGCCUUGUGGUACUUUGAUGGUGUCCACUUGCAGAACGUUGAUUAAAAGUGUUUUUUUUUUUUUCAUUAGAAAUAUUUUUAUGGAAAAUUCAAAUGGUGAAGAGAUUCUUCUGAGUCAACUUUGAACAAAAGAGAACAGUUUGGAGGAUCUGAAAUUUAACAGUCUGGUUUCUUAAGAGGUGUAUAGAUCAUUACCACACUUGAUAAUUGAUAUAGCAAAUAAUUAUUUAAACAGCCAUUUGUGAAGUUUAAACCACAGAAAGUAAACAACUAAAAUAUGAUUCUCUCCUAAAACCUGGCUGAAUGUCAGAGAUAUGAUGCAUUCAUUUACUCUCAAGACUAAAUGUUUGAAAAACUUAACUACUAAAUUCAUGACAAGUUUGUCAUUUCCAAAGUAAAACAUUACAAAACUUUAUUAGUCUUAGUAUGAGUUUUGUCUCUCAUUCUCAACAUAACAUAGCCUAGAGGAAGAAAAGAUGAAACUAAUUUAAAAAAAUACAUAGCACAAUUCUUCCUAAUCUGGCUUAUUAGUGAUUGUGUUAAACAUACUUUUUAUUCCAAGACAUUUUUUGAAAAUCAGCUAGCCAAACCAUUUCCCUUACAGUGGAAGAACCUAAGAUACAGAAAAUUCUUAGAGCUGGUUCAAGACUGAAUUACUGUAAAUGGGCAAAAGUCAUUGCUCUAAAUAUACCUAGACCCCAGAUUUAAUUUUGGAUCUGUCAUUUCCUAGUUGUCUUAUCCUGGGAGUUUCACUUCAUCUCUCUACCCUGUUUAAUCUCUAAUAUGAAGAUAAUAAAAAUUGUUGUGACCAUUUUAUGGAAAGUGGACACAACAGACUCCAAAAAUGUCAUUUUCUUUUCCGUUCCCAACUACACAGACUCUUACCCAAAAUUCAUUUUAUUUUUAAGUAGUAUACCUUUAAAGAAUAACCACAUUCAGGUGAAACCAGUAGCUCACAAAAUUUGACAUUCUAGUUUUAGGACAUCUCUUUGCAGCUUGUUAAGAUAUAUGGCAGAAAAACAAAUAGAACACUUUCCAGUUUUCCAUUGUUAACAUGGAGGGUGGUUGUAGAAAUUAGAUUGCCAGAUACUUUGUGUUUUUUAUGAAUAACAAUGUACUGAUAGGCUGCAUCUCUUUGAAUUGACUGAAGUUUAUGAAAAUAAUUUAGGAAACAAUCUGUUAUGAUGACAUUCAUGGUAUUAAUAGUUUCUUACAUUUAUUCUGGACUUUUAAGGUUUCAACAUGAUUCAACACAAUCUUCAAGAUAAAUAUUUAAUAUCUGAAGUUAAAUAAUGUGGCAGAGGUUUAUGAAGAAAUGUAGUAUUGGAGCUAGGUAUAAAAACCACAUUCUAGUUUAAAAUACUAGUUAAUUUUUAGCCAAAUCAUAAACUCUUUAUUCUUGCCAUAAAGUCAGUCAAAUGAGAAAAAGUAAAAAUGUCCUUUUGUCUCAUCUCCAUUCUUUAGCAAAAAUUAUCAUCUUUGUUUUAAAAUAUAAACCCUGCUUCUGGG